CCAAUGGUUGUACGUUAUUUUCCCCGUGACAUUUUCUGGCACUCCCCUUACUAAAGAAGGAAACAAACACUGGUGGACACAGAGCAACUGAAAUAAGCAAGCUUGUGUUGAGGUAUAAAGAGAAGAUACAGAGAAUAGAGCGGAAUAAAGAAAUUGGGACAGGGUUCGUUUUAAAUCGACUUUACGUUCAGACAUCUUCAGUGAUUCCGAUCAAACUGUUCAGCAAUGGCCCAGGAGACGAACCAGAGCCUGACGCCUGUGCUUUGUGCCACUGGUUGUGGUUUCUAUGGCAACCCCAGGAACAAUGGAAUGUGCUCGGUCUGCUACAAGGAACACCUGAACCGACAGCAGAAUAGUGACCGCGGCUUGAGCCAACUUAGCCCAAUAGGAGCAGGCAGUAGUCCUACCUCUGAAGCCUCAGCCAUCCAGAGACUAGAGGCCAGUCUAGCCAAAGUAGACAGUUCACCUGGAUCUGCUGCAGACAUGGCUAGAACUAUUCAACGGUCUCUUCCAGUGACUCAACAAAUGACAGAGAUGAGCAUCUCAAAAGAGGAUACACCAGAUCCCUUAGAACCUGUUGUGACUCAGCCUAAUGCCUCCAGCCCUGUCACGGACAGCAAUGACGCCACCAAGGAAGACAGGCCAAAGAAAAAUAGGUGCUUCAUGUGCCGCAAGAGGGUGGGCUUAACAGGUUUUGACUGUCGCUGUGGGAACCUCUUCUGUGGUCUCCAUCGAUACUCUGACAAGCACAACUGCCCUUACGAUUACAAGGCGGAGGCAGCUGCCAAGAUUCGCAAGGAGAACCCUGUUGUGGUUGCUGACAAGAUCCAGAGAAUAUAGAGUUAAAAUCCAUUUAACACAAAAAGACUGAAGUAGAAUUGGACCCUUGACAUGAACACUGACAUGAGUGAAAAAAGGAUAUCAGAUUUUUAUUAUUUUUUAUUGUUAUUUUUAAACCACAACCUUGACAAGAGGCCAAAACUUUCCGAUGGGGAGAUGCAUGAACCACCACAUUUUCUUUGUUUUCUAAAUUCAUAAAAAAAUGUGUGUUGUCUUUUAGAGCAGGCCAGGGUACUAGUCAACAAAACACUGCAGAUAGAAAUGCCAGAGGGCAACAGUGCAGAGAGGAAUCCUCCCUCUACGUUUCAGAGGCAUGUCUGACCUGCAGAACCUGCUUCUAUCCGGAUGUUGGAUCACAGCAUUAUGAACUGUUUAGCCACUUUGUUGCCAAAUGGCAGUCCACUUUCCGUUCCCAUUAGUGUCGGUCUGGUCAAAGAAGUGCUACACCGUCCAAAAAUGCUCAUGGGCUUUGUUUAAAACACGUUUAUCACAGCAGGAUGUAUCUCCUCAUAUCGGCUACGUGAGGCUUUCUCCUCCAAAAACCCUUAAAUGACCAACUGUCACCUUGGACAGAACCUUUCAUCAUGGAGACCCUGGACCUGUAGAACAACUGACCUCAGACAUCAGUCUGCAUCAUUACGUAUGUGUAUUCUCAUUGAGUCAGUGGAGAGUGAAUCAACACUGACACAAGACAAUGUUCUGAGGUCAGUUUCCCCAGCUGAAGUCUCGGGCCGAGGGUCCCUUCCACUGUCCCUGGUGCAGUUCUCUGGGUGACUGUUGGGUACUACCCUACUGUUUUUGCAGAUCUAUGGACCAUAUAAGUGGGAUAACUGCAUGGGUUUGUCAGUUUAAAAUUGUGUAAUAUCUUACUGAAUUGGCAUCGGUCGAUUCGUUUUAGGUGAUUAUUUUACUCCCAGAGACACUUUUUAUAUAUUAAUCUAGUCUUGACAUGAGUACAUGUAUUCCAUGCAAAUGUGGAGUUAUGGUAUGUGAGACACCAAUGCCAUGUAUUGAUAUUGUGUGUUAAGAAGAUUGAGUGUGUGAAGCUAUUGGGGUGAAACAGCACAUGUUUACAAAGCUGCAAGAGCAAGUCAGAGCUACGGUUUGAAUUGGAUCCAGUUGGACUGUGUGUGUGUGUCUGAGCCUUUUCUAGGCUGUUUGAGGCAUUAAGACGUGCUUGCACGCAUGUGUGUGUGUGUGUGUGUGUGUGUGUGUGUGACCUGUUUUAGAUUAUGAUUUUUUUUUCUACUGUGAGGUAUUUGUUUUUAGCAGAAAGUUAUCCGUUUCAGUUUUCCUUUUUGAUUGUUAGUUAUAUGCAAAUUUGUACAAAAAACAAACUAUUUAUGUUUUACAUAUAAUCUUGCUACCCAGCAUUACAACAGAAUUGUGUAAUUUAAAUAAAGAGUGUCUAGAGACAUUACGCAGA